GGCACAGUGGACAAACAUGACUGGUUCCUAAAAGCGUUGGUGAUGAGUCUUUCUCCAUUUGUGAAUUAGUGCUAGAUAUUUUAUUCUUCGUCUUCUAUACUUGUUGAGCCAAUGGGAAAAGCCUACUUACCGGUAGACAGUCUCAUCGAAAUACAUUUAGAUAGGCUCUUCAAUAUGUGGACGAAAGUAGAUAUUGUAGGAAACGUAGGAUAAAUUUGGAUACAGAGACAAGAUUGCAACCCACUCCCAUUUAUGCCUUCUUUUUGUUGCAUCUGUUCGAGUCGGGCAAGGAGAAUUCUGGUGGAGAUAGAAUUAUUUGAUUUGGAAGCUCGAAUCUUAAAUAUAUAGGGUGAUCCCUCAAAAAUGGCAGGGCUGAAUCCGAACAUGGAUCAAUUCGAGGCGUACUUCAAUAGAGCUGAUUUGGACGGAGAUGGUCGGAUCAGUGGAGUCGAAGCUGUUGGCUUUUUUCAAGGAUCUGGCUUGCCCAAGCCAGUUCUCUUCCAGAUAUGGUCGCUUUCUGAUCGAUCAGGCAGUGGUUUCCUUGGUCGGCAAGACUUUUAUAACUCUCUGAGGCUUGUAACAGUGGCACAGAGCAAGAGAGACCUGACACCUGAGAUUGUUAACGCAGCACUCAAUACUCCUGCCGCAGCCAAAAUACCAGCGCCCAAAAUUAACCUUUUAGCUAUUCCUGCACCCCAACCUAAUCCUCCUGCUACCACAGCUCGUCCGGUUUCCUCACCAGGUCAUCAGAAUGUUGGCGUUAGAGGACCAGGUGCUCCAAAUGCGAAUGUCAACCAGAAUUAUUUUCCACCUCAACAGAGCCAGCAAGUGAGACCUCAUCAAGGAGCAUCUGUGCUGACUUCACUUAGGCCAAAUGCCUUACCAGCUCAAUUUCAACCAGUUCCUGUUGGUAGUGCUACUCGUCCUCCUCAGACCAUUCCCACUAGUGCACCGGGUCCUGCUGGUUCAGAAUAUAGACCAAGUGCCUUACCAGGUCAAUUUCAACCAGGUCCUGUUGGUAGUUCCACUCGUCCUCCUCAGGCUGUUCCCACUACUGCAUCUGGUCCUGGUGCUUCAGCAUUUAAUCUUAAUAAUUUGUAUGCUGGAAACACCAGCGGAUACUCGUCAGGCUUUGUAGGGGGCAGCUUAGCAGCACCUUCUCCUGGCGUUAAACCGGAGUCACAAAUAGAUCCAAAAGCGCUGGUUGUAUCUGGAAACGGAGGUGACAUAUUUUCUUCCUUCCAGCAAAAACCACAACCCACUCCGAGUAGUUCUUCAAUCAGUUCAGCCAUUGUUCCUGCUUCUGCUGGAACCCAACCUCCACCGAAGCCUAAUACCCUCGACUACCUACAGAGUACUUUGCUGCCAGCAGGACCUCAGCUGCCAAGGCCAGCAGCAAGCUCACAGGGUCCAUCCUCCGGUUUGCCACAUGGAAGUGCAGUUGGAUCCGGCCAUCCAACUCCUGCUGGAAAUAAUCAGCCUCCUUGGCCAAAAAUGAAACCAUCCGAUGUGCAGAAAUACACAAAGGUGUUUAUUGAAGUUGAUAGUGACAGGGAUGGGAGAAUCACUGGUGAGCAGGCGAGGAAUCUGUUUUUAAGCUGGAGGCUACCCAGGGAGGUAUUGAAGCAUGUGUGGGAACUGUCUGAUCAGGAUAAUGAUACUAUGCUUUCUCUGAGGGAGUUCUGCAUUUCGUUGUAUUUGAUGGAGCGGUAUAAGGAAGGCCGCCCUCUCCCACCAGAACUUCCUAGCAGCAUCAUGUAUGAUGAAACACUCUUAUCUAUUUCAGGUGCACCUAUUCGUAGUUAUGCAAAUGCUGGAUGGGGAUAUGGUCAAGGUUUUGUCAAGCAACCAGUGAUGGGUGCGCGGCCAACCACUCCACCGACUGGCAUGAGACCACCAGUCCCCGCACCAGCCCCUCACCCUGGUAGUGGUAUAGCUUCUAAUCAGGAAAGGAAUCAAGCGCCUGCUUUGGAUGAUCCUUUUGCCAGUCACCUAGGUAACGGAUAUUCUGCGAGCUCGAAUCCUCCAGAAACAGCAACUGAUGGAGAAAAGGUUGAUGAAAAAAAGAAUGCCUAUAUGGAUUCCAGGGAGAAACUUGAAUACUACCGGACGAAAAUGCAGGAUAUUGUCCUGUACAAAACCAGGUGUGACAAUAGAUUAAAUGAGAUCUGUGAAAGGGCUUCCGCUGACAAGCAUGAGGCUGAGACGUUGGCAAAGAAAUACGAAGAGAAGUAUAAGCAGGUUGCAGAAUUAGGAUCAAAAUUAACUAUUGAAGAGGCCAGGUUCCGCGAGAUUGAGGGGCGGAAGAUGGAACUGAGUCAAGCAAUUGUGAACAUGGAGCAAGGUGGUAGUGCUGAUGGUCUACUUCAGGUCCGGGCUGAUAGAAUACAAUCAGAUCUAGAGGAGCUGAUGAAGGCUUUAACUGAACGUUGCAAGAAACAUGGGUUGGAGGUUAAGUCGAAGGCCCUUGUAGACCUUCCCGCUGGUUGGCAACCUGGGAUUCAAGAAGGGGCAGCUCUUUGGGAUGAAGAAUGGGAUAAGUUUGAAGAUGAAGAAUUUGGCAAUGAGAUUACUUUUGACAAAUCAAAAGAGCAAAAAUCGUCCGGUGAAAAGGAAAACGGGACGGUGGAUGAUGGUAGUGGACCACCUGAUUCGCCGACUCAUUUAGAUGAGAACUAUGGACCUUUUUCAGAAACUUCAGACCGCCACCAUGAGAGUGAAGGUGAAUCAGGCAGAAGUCCUGGAGACAGUCCGGUCUCCAGGACUGCUACUGAGGUCCCUUCUCCAGAUUAUGCUCAUGAAAAGAGUUCCGAGUUCUUUGAUGACUCGAAUUGGGCGAGUGCGUUUGAUACUAACGAUGAUGUGGAUUCAGUCUGGGGAUUUGAUGCAUCAAAAAGCCAGGAUGGAGAUUAUUUUGGUGAAAACUCAGGAAGAGCAGAUUCUCCAACUUCAAGAAGCUUUGCCGGUCAAAGAAAGAGCACAUUUGGAUUUGAUGACUCAGUUCCCAGCACUCCACUCUCGAGAUUCGGGAACUCUCCUCCUCGGUUCAGCGACGCAUCAACCAGAGAUAACAAUAACUUUGAUAGCUUCUCCAGAUUCGACUCCUUCAACCAUAGUGAAGCUGGUGGCGCCGGUUUUACCUCCUCCCAGCCCGAGAGGCUGUCACGGUCUGAUUCCAUCAACAGCUCCAAAGACUUUGGUGGAGCUGCCUUCUCCAGGUUCGACUCAAUCAACAGUUCCAGAGACUUUGCUGGAGGUGCUGAGCAACUUUCGAGGUUUGAUUCCAUCAACAGUAGCAGAGACUUUGGUGGUCCUUCACUUUCAAGAUUCGACUCAAUGAAUAGUACAAAGGAUUUCAGUGGGAGCCAUGGAUACUCGUUUGAUGAUGCAGACCCGUUUGGUUCCACAGGUCCCUUCAAAGUCUACUUUGAUGAUAAAAGCCCCAAGAAAAAUUCCUUCUAGCCACAGUUGAUUAUAAAUUCUUUUUUUUUUUAAAGUAUUUUUUCCCAUAUAUUCUUGAUUGAUGAACUUAUGGUUGUUUUAUAAAAUUAUUGUAAAGUGUUUUCCCCACAAAUGUUUUGGUUGAGACAAAAGCGUUAGAAGACGGUUGUCUCUG